AACGACCGUCUGUUAGCGGGAUCCUCUGUCACAAUGUUUUGUGCCUACUGUGGACAAAAGUUUACUCGCAAGGAGCAUCUAGAAAGGCACAUUCCGACCCAUACGAAUGUGAAGCCUCACCGAUGUACCGCCUGCGGCAUCUCCUUUGGGCGGAGGGACCUACUCACGAGGCACUACCAAGCAUACCAUGAGGCUAGAGAUCCAAUGGAGCCGAUACCGGGAAACGCGCCGCCGGUUGCGGGACGCACGCCGAUUGCCUGCCAGAACUGUGCAAACGCAAAGACCGGGUGCGACAAGAGAGUGCCAUGCUCGAGAUGUGCCGAGAAGAACCUCGACUGCGCGGCACGGUACGCGCGGAGAUCUUCCAAAGCAGCUGUGCGAGCGGCGCAGGCGAGUGCCGCCUUUCACAACAACCAAAUAACAAAUCCGACGACAGCCAUCCACCAUCAACAGCACCCACACCAUCACAAUCACGUACAAGUAGUAAACCCCGCCAUGAUGGAGAUUGACCCUGCCAUCCCCAAACAGGAAUCUCUGGUUCACACUCCGGAAGGGGUAGAACCCCAAGCACUCAUGGAGACUUCUCGCCUUCACACCAGCCCUCAGCAAAAGUCGCCGUUGACUUCACAACAUCAGAGCCCCCUCGAGUUUCCGUCACCCCACCCCCGACCUGAAGGAAUGGAAGAUUUCAUGCACCUGAGUAACGAGUUUUCGGGCACCGAAUCUCACUACAACGACCUGAUGAUAUGGCCCGACUAUCCUCUAGACCUGGAAAUGUACCCUAGUCAGAUUCCGAUGGCCCGACCAGAUCUCAAUGUGCAGCCCUUUGCAGAUCUGGGAAGUGAGAUUUCUUCAAACUCAGAACCGAUGGCAACGUCAUCCUCCCGGAGCUCCACGCACACGCGCGGAACAAGCAUUUUGUCGUCGGCAGAAUUUGAGACUUCGAUGAAGCCAGCUGAUCUAGCAGUCAGCAGUACCCCAACCGGCAACUCAAUAGCAGAGUUCGAGGUCGUCAUAGCUGCCGAGGCAGCGUGGCCAUUAGCAAGGUGCAACCCACCCAUGUAUUCGAACACUUGCCCGCGGACAGCAAUUGUACACCUAGAGUGUCUCGAACAGAAAUCCAAAGUGGAGGGAACCUGGAGCUCGUUGGAAAAGUCUAUGGAGCAAGUCGACUGGGACGCGGCAGACCUGUCCUCUGUAGUGCCUAUCACCUCUAGGACACGGGAUAAAAUGCUUGCAAUCACUCAGGGGUUUUUGCACAAGGCUCUUGACAUCCAUCGCGGCGGUAUCACUGGUUUCUCCAACCAGGGUCAUCACCGCCCCGGUGACUUCAACUUCAUCGUCCUGCCUCCCACCAAGAUCCUCGAGUAUUUUCUUCGCAGCUACAUUCGCACGCUUUCUCCGUACUACUCACUAUCCCUCGGAAGCUGCGUCGAUCCCAAUGAGAUGCUGCGCAACAACCAUGCUUCCACUUUGUUGGUGCUUCUCAUGAUUGCCCAAGGCGCAGCAGCCGUGCCAAUGGCUGAGGCGCGCUAUCUCUCAACCGGCUUGGUAGAAACAUGCCGUAUUUCACUCUUCGACAUCAUCGAGAAGAACGUCGAGUUGUCAGCUGACCCCACGGCGCUCAGGUGUGCCCUUCUGUUUACGUUGCUUGGAGCAUGGAGCGGCGACAAAUGGCUCAUGGAUAUCUCGAUGGGUCAAAGGGGCAUGUAUAUGUCCAUGGUCAAGCAUGCUGGCAUGAUGGACCCCCAGCCACCCAUGAUUCCAGUCUUUACAAACUCAACCAGCGCAGAGCUGGAGUGGAGGGCCUGGUGCCACCGCGAAUCUCAGAAUAGACUUGUAUACAAUUGGGUAAUGAUGGAUCAGGAGCUUAGUCUAUUCCAUGACACCUCUCCUAUGAUGUCGAUAAGCGAUCUCCUGUGCCCGUUGCCAGGACCCGACGAACUUUGGAAGGCACCCAACUCUGAGGCCUGGCUGUCAUCGGUCCAGUCCCUUUUCGGUGGCAACGUCAACGUCAACCCACAGCUACUCUCCACACCAUCACCUACACCAUCAUUAUCCGACCUGUUCCAGAGCUUCUUACAUGAUACCUUGAUACCUGGCAAGAACAGUCUGUCACCGCAACACCUUCGGCUUUUACUACAUCCAUUACAGUCCCUCCUCUGCCACCUUCGCCAGAUGUUGUCAUGCUUUCCCGACAUUCCACCAACGCGACGCACAGCAUCUCGUACCGUCACUAGGGCAUCUACACUUCUCAGGCUGGAGGAGGUACAGGCCUUGUUGCAAAAGUGGUAUGAGCUGUCGAUGGAAUUCUCAAAGGAAAGCCCUGACUGCCCUAUCACCCGCUGCAACAUGGUGCUCUAUCAUCUCAUCUCCCUCAACGCCGUGACAAAUUUCCCAGAAGUUGAGCGCCUCGCCCGUCGUGAGGGGUUUGACGGAACGUACUGGGAAUUGUCGAUGCGCCACAAGAUGUGCAUCUACCAGCGGGAGGAAGCCGUGUUCCACUGCGGACAGGUCCUCAGGCUGGUUCGAUCGAUGCCCCUGGACCGUCGACCAGUGUGGUGGAGCGCGGCUGUCUAUCGCGCCGUCCUGAUACUGUGGGCCGACUCAAUGGCCAGGCUAGACCCCAGCCUGAAGCGCGAGGAUACGGUCGGACCAUCGUCAACCCCCGCCGCUGCUGGAACUCCAGGGCCUCCGGUCGCUGUUGAUCAAGUUACGCCCGAGAACCCAGCGGUAAUCGCCUACCUCUGGAAGAGGGAAGGUGUUGCACUCCUCACGCGAAGCGACGGGAGGUCCGUGAGCCUUGACAACCCAGCCGAAGUGCUUGCCUACGGAGUCAAGGAGAUCGAAGAUGCCGUGAGCAUACGCUUCAGUGAUGGAAUCAAGAGAAAGCUCAUCACGCUGGCCCAAAACUGGAGUGUUGGGCCCCCCUUGGCUGGGUCUUCAUAA